AUGGCCCGUCAACGCCGUGCAGUACAAGAAAAGGAGUCAGAUAAUACAGAAGGCUCCUUUGCUGACUCGGUACUUGAUGCUCCUUCCAAAGUAAUCAAGAAACACCUCCAUUGGGAUGAGCUGCCUCCUUGGUUACAAGACAAUCACCAUAUCCAUUCGGGCUAUCGACCUGCAUCAUCCUCGUUCCUGGUAUCUUUCCAGUCCUUGGGUUACCUCCACAAUGAGAGCGUCAAUAUCUAUACACACUUGUUACCGGGAUUACUGGCUAUCCCAGCCGGGUAUCAACUCUAUUGUGCACUAGCUCCACGCUACCAAACCGCAACCGACGCAGAUAUUGUGGCGUUUGCAUGCUUUUUUGCCGGUGCUGCCUUUUGCUUGGGGAUGUCCGCAACUUACCACACCAUUUCGAACCACUCUCCCAGUGUAGCUCGUAUUGGCAACGCUCUUGACUAUAUCGGGAUUGUGGGGUUGAUUGUGGGAAGCUUUGUCCCAAGUAUCUUCUAUGGAUUCUAUUGCGAUCCGCAACUUCAGCAGCGAUACUGGACAAUGAUCAGCACUAUAGGAAUGGGAUGUAUGUGCGUAUCGAUCAUGCCUCGGUUCCGAACACCCCGUUGGCGCCCGUUCCGCGCAGGCAUGUUUGUUGGGAUGGGUCUGUCCGCCGUUUUCCCUGUCAUACAUGGCGUCUACAAGUUUAGCUUCGGUCAAAUGCGGCAACAGAUUGGACUCAGCUGGCUGCUCCUUCAGGGAUUCCUGUAUAUUCUUGGAGCGGGUAUCUAUGCCGCUCGCGUGCCAGAGAGGCUAUGGCCGGGCAAGUUUGAUAUCUUCGGCCAUUCUCACCAGAUUUUCCAUGUGCUGGUCGUUUGUGCAGCGGCAGCUCAUCUGACUGGGCUCCUCAAAGCGUUUGAUUAUCGGCACAGCGGCACUGCCGAGCUUUGUCAGAUUCCACGCGGCUGA